GUCCUUCUUAGUCCACUAAUAUAGAAUUGGAUGCCUUCGCGGCAGUAGAACGAGCAGAGCUCGAAGAUUGUCGCGCUGGUGGUCUCGCCUGCGUGACGAUCAUAUCGUGCACGUUGCUGACGUUUACCGUGACAUUCAGCUUGAUCGGGGAGGCCAUGUUCCUUAUCGGCACAAAGCACUGGCAGGUCGUUCAACGAAGGUUUAGCCUGUGCUGAUGGUGGAUGAAGAGAGGAUGUUCAAGCUGGGGUGAGGCACGUAGCACGGCCGCGUGCGUGGGAGGAGCACGAGAUCUAGAGGAAAGAAGCGUGUUCUGGGCCAAUGAUCAAUGUGGCAACGCCUCGCGCCGUGAUGCCAUUGAUUUGAAUCGUUGUAUUUCAAUGCCUCUUCGAAGGUGGGUUGCAUAUGACGAGAUGGUACCAGUCAUGAAAAGCAUCAAUAUUUGCCGCGUGCGCACGAGUGGGCGGUAUGGCAUGCGCGAUACAGGUUGGUGUGCUGGCUUUGUCAGCGGUUGCACAUGUGCUUGAGCAGUAGGAAGCUCUAUACCGAUUUCGAUAGACGCAAGUGCUCGUUUGGCGAUGGAUAUGCUCAAC